UUUUAAUCACAGAGUGUACAUGCACCUUCAAAUCCUGACAAGGAUCAAGUUAUGAAUCUAUUAGAUUGUGAAACUCAACUUACUGAAAACAUUUAGAAGAAGGCAACAUCCAAAAUGAAUGCUGUUGCAUUAGAAAUUUCCACUAUUUAAUUUAGUUAGUUAAAAAGAAUACCAUUUAUUAAUGUACAUGCCAGCUAGAUUAUCAAAAUCAGAGCCAUCUUAUCCUGUCUUUGACUUCCAUGCAACAGUACAUCUCUGUGCCUGAUAUAAUCAUUAGUGAUCGAUACCGACAUGUACCUAGUGUUGGUGAGAGACAGACAAUGAAUUGUCAGUGAGUGCACAGUAGCUCAUUCUUUACUGGUUUGCACACUCAAUUUGUGGGCAGUUUUCCAAAACUGAAAGUUAACAAAGAUGUAUGAUACAGCUAAGUCUUUUUAUUGAGGAAGACUCACAUUUAGCAAACAUUUUGGUGAUCUUUACAUGUUUUGUUUUCCUACUGUCUUUGAUGCUUUGAAAUUUGUCCAUGCCUUGGGGAAAAUGAAAAGGAUGAGGUAAUUUGAAGUGACGGAGGGGCAGGUUAUAUUUCUAUAUUAAAGCCAUCUUUGAUGAAAUUAAUGUGUUUGCUAAUCAAAUUUGACAUUCCUCCCACAACUGUGCGUCUGCAAAUAAUGAUGGAUUUCUAUGGAUUGACAAAAUGCAAAUCUGUUUGUACAGGUAUAGUGCUCAUUGCCAAUAAUGAAUAAUCUGGAUCAGAGUUUACCAAUACUAUUUGCUAUGUAGUUCAGAAAGAUAUAAGGUACUUGAUACAAAAGAUGCAUAAAUAAUAAGUCUAAUUUGUGUUGAUGACGAUGAGAUGUGCACAAGUAAUCCGAUGAUCUGUGUUACACAUUGCACUGACUAGCUUGGUGUGUUAUUUUUGGUUGGGGGCAUAAAACACCUGCCAAAUAUCUGCACACGAAAAUAACAAUGAACCUAAACCAAGAUCUCAACACCAGCCCAAUUUGUUAGUGUUUCUCAUUUGGUAGCAGUGCUUUGGACACAGGGAUCUGACAUCUGGGAUCCCUGAUGUGUUCCACUGGGGUUCAUUGAUGGCCACACAUGAAUGAAACACAGAAGAAUGAUUUUGUUUUUCCCCUUCAAAAAUAAACUUUUUUUUUUUUUUUAAAUUAAUUUUAGAUUUGUACUUUUGCAGACAUACCAAAGAAAUUUUCAACCAAAAAAACAAAACAAAAAUUAUUAAGCAGUCAUUGGAAAUAUGGGGCUUACAAGAAUCCAAAUCUCUUUCUUAUAAUUUUGCCAAAGACAAAGUUUCAUAAUUUAGUAAACCUACAUAUAUACUAACCAUUUUCAAACAAGUACCAAAAAUUGGUAUCCGUUGUAAAGUGUAAAGCAUAACAUAGACAAAGAUGAUGACAUAUGGACUUUAUUUUACAUAGACAGACUUAUAUGUAAAAGUUAUCUAGAAACCUUGGUUUUUGAUGUAUGUGUUUUGAUGAUUUCAAGAAUAUGAUUUUCAAUCAAAAGAAGUGACAAUAAUUGUUACUCGCACUCAUAGCAAAACCCUUUGAGAAAAAGCAGUGUUGGGUAAAGAUGCUUUCAUCGAAAUGUUAAUGUUUCAUGCACCUUUUGAUAAUCUACAUUGUGAGGUCACUGUGACUCAUUCAGAUUGUUAGAUUUUGUGAGAAAACACAUUAUUGUAAAAACUUAGUAGGGUUCACAUGUAAUGCCCGUGUAGAAAAAAAUCUUUCUGUACAAGUGCUUUAAUUUACAAUUUCUAAAAGAUAUUUUGUAAAUGUAUGAGAGUAAAUUUGUAAUUGGAGGAUGUUUUGCAAAACAAAUCUCUGUGUUGUUUAUCUUAUUAGCCUUAACUUGGGAUUACUUUGGGUGUUCAUGAAACAGGAAACAAGAUAAUGAUUGAUAAAAAGAUUCAAAAUUCUUCUCUCUAUUAGUGGUAAAUCUCCAGAAAGCAUGAAUGUGCUUUCCACAAAUAAACACAUCUCCUAGGAUCAAAUCCCAGUGCUGUUCAUCUGGGCGUUCUAUUUUUAUAUCAGAAACUCAUUAAACUUGCAUGAAAAAUUGACUUUUCACUUAUAAUGUUGAAACUUAGGGCUCCCCCAUCUUGUAAAACAAUAUUUCUAGACAGUUGCAUGUACCCUGACUUGUGGUCUUAGUUUUGCUGAAGGUUGAAAUAUGUUUUAGAAAUACCUCUCUGAUGGGAAUUUGAUUAAUUAGCUUGAUUAUAAAUUCUCAUGGGUUUGAAGAAACACUCAGAUUACUUCCAACUUAUUUAUUGUGUGUGCUAAUUUACAUUGGGUGAAUGAAAGUCCUCUGAAAGAUUUAUACUUCCACCAAAUAUAAAAUUCUUUAAAAUCUGAUUGUCAAAGUGAAUACUGAAUGGUUAGAUCUUAAGAACAAUUGGAUUCUUUGAUUCCUACAGGAAAUGAUAAAUCUAUAUGGGCUAAUGCCUGAGACUUGUAUAGCUUAAAUACACCAAUACCUGGAAAAAGUAACCUAUGAAAUAUGCUAUGUAAUGAUGCAGAAGGAAAUAGGAGAGUGAAAAAAUUAUAUUAUAUACUGGAGGAAGGCCUGAAGAUUAGAUAUCCAAGGACAUGAUGUAAAUACGGAGUCUGAAUGAUAACUGCUUGGUGUACUAUCCUGAUCAUCAUGAAGAAACAGAUGUUAUUGGUGAACAUUUGAUAUGGCACCGAAUUGCAUGGGGUCUCCCUCAGAGCUGGAGUCCUUUUGUAUGUGAGUGAUGUAGGUGUGUAUUCAUGUUAUAGCCAAUGACUUUGCAGUGCUGAAAUCCCAGGAGGAAGCUUAUCUUUCAGGCUAGUCACACUAAAAACCUUAGUUAUCCUGACUGUUCUGCCAGCUUGCAUUCUAACUGCUACUUUAUCAGUGGUGUUCUUGCUCAGACGCUGUGAUUUUUUUUAUUUUUAACUUUGGAUUCUUUCUUUGGAAUCUCAUCAUCAGGAAAUAAUUAAGAGGACAUCUUUGAGUGAUAAAAGGAUCCAUCUGUUUUUGUGUAGGAUGAGAUAUUAAUAUGUUAAAGAUUUUGACAGCUUUCCUAUUCUUGAAGUAAGAAUUCUUGUGAUCCUCUGAAUAAGGGGAAAAAAAAUCAUUUUUGAAGGAUUAGUGAAAUUUCAAUUUAUAUUAAUUCUCUAGAAAGGAGUGCAUUGAAUUUAUAAUUCUUGGAAGGAUGAUAAAAGCAGCUGUUAUGUAUCAUAUUUAUUCAAUUUCAUGAAUUUUUUACUUUUUAAUACUCAAAGUGUUAGGUUAUAUACUACAAUCAAUAAGGACGCUGUUUUCAAGUUAAAUUCAACCAUCACGUUGAAUUCAACAGUCAAUAUAGGUUUGAAGGAUCUGAUCACAACUAUGAACAUUUAACUUGUGUAUCCCUUGUGUGAAACAAGAAUCAAUUUCACAAGAUCUUCAUUACCCAGACAUGGCCAUGUGACAUACUUGGGAUUCAGACCUGUUGCAUGUAUUGCAUUGACAAGAGCAUGCAUAAGCAGACAUCAAGGAUUGCAAAUUCAGAAGACAGAAAAUGUGAGGAUGUCAACUAUGCUGACCACUGCCAUGGGAAUAAGGCCAUUUCCACGACAAACUCAAUGUCGUCCAGUCAGAAUGAUGAGUCACAGGGACAAUCGGUUUUCAGUAGGAGUUGGCAUCAUGGUCUCUCUAAUUCUGAUCAUCCCGAGUUGAGAUUUGUGAAUGACUUUGACAGUCAUAGGAGAUUAUCUCAUGGGUCAAGGACUGCUCUGCUUGGCAGCCAUGACAGUCAUCUGCGGCUAAGAGAUCCCAAGUUUGCAUAUACAUCAAGUAGUCCAGAAAAAAGUCCUGGGAUUGAGUCGGAUGAUUCUCUUUCAUCUGCUAGCAGUGGUGGCCCAAGACAGACCACGGCUUACAGAAAACGUAGCUUGAGACAUAGAAGGAGUGAGGACAGGGACUUGAGUAAACUGUUGGCCAGUAGUGUGGAGGAGUCGGAGUCGUACCAGAAGUUACAAUUGGGUGAUGAUGAUGGUCGAAGCAGUAGGCUAGGUCAAAGAAACGGCCAUCGUCCUGCGAGCGUUUGUGGUUAUAAUGUGCUAUGGGAGAAUCGCGUCCAGGAAUUAGUAGAAUUGCUUACAAGGACAUCCCUAGAAACUCACAAGCUCGACUUGAUGGCCGAAAUCUCCAGCCUCAAGAUCAAGCUAGCCUCAGCUGAUAAGGACAGACGGGAUCUGGAUGACAGACUCAGGCUGUCUCAGAGACAUGCAAAAGAAUUAGAGUCCAGAUUAGCUGUGAAAGAUGCAGAAAUCAAUGAGCUUAGACAAAAGCUGUUGAAGAAUGGUACAAUUUCAACUCCUGAUUCAAGUGAACAUGAAGUUGAAAAAUUAAAGAAGGCAGUGGAAGCUUUGAUGUUCUCUAAUCAGGAAAAGGACAAAAGAAUUGAAGAAUUGCGAAGGCUUUUAAAAAGAUACAGGAAAAUUGAGGAGAUGGUGGUCCAGGUCCAAGGUCGUAAGGUUUUGGAAGAAAUGAUUUUAAAUGCAGAGGAUGACACCAGCUCGACAAGUUCCACAACCCCAUCACUGAGUGACAAUGUGCCUAGAGAUCAACAAAGUGAAGAUGGAAAAGAGAGGCCUUAUCCGAAUCCCAGUGCAACAAGCACCCCAGUGCACUCUUUGCCAGAGAAUGGCAUUGGCACAGGAAAUGUUACCGUCCUAUCUGGGUCAUCUCGCCGAGCUCUACAACGCUCCAACAGUGCUGAGGAUGUCACCCCCAACAAUCAAAAAAAAAAAUCCUCAAUAAACAACAAUGAACCGGAGGGUUACCAUAACGGAGGGAGUACACUUAGCUUUGGUACGUUUCCGGGUGAGGGUAGUGAGGUUCGAAGGUCUCGGGGUUUCCCUGCACUUGGAAAGGCCCUUCUACGUGUCAAAACAGGAAAACGGAGCACGUCUGCUCCUAACCUAGCCAAUACCGAAAUUGUGACAGAUGAUGAGGAUGGGUUACAGCAUGUUGGAUCAUCUCGACCUCCGGAUGUCAAAAAGAAAAAGGGCAUCAGGGGACUAUUUGGAAAAUUAAAGAGGAGUGGAUCACAAGAUUUUCAUGAACGUGAGAGAGACCAGUUCAGGAGGGGAGGUGUCAGAGCUACUGCCACAGCACGACUUGGUUGGUCUCGAGAUGUGCGGAGCAAUGACUUAUAUAACAAUAGCGAGAUGCCUUUCAAUCGAUGGGAUUGUGAGAGAGUGUGUUUAUGGAUGAAUGACAUGGGUCUCAAUAUGUACUUAAUGGACUGUCGCAGAUGGGUCAAAAAUGGGGAACAACUCUUACGGGCCACUGCACAUGAAUUAGAAAAGGAGCUGGGUGUGAAGAACCCUCUGCACAGAAAGAAACUUCAAUUAGCCUUACAACAGAUCAGCAGCACUGGCAAAGUCAAGAAACAGGACCUUGAUCACCACUGGGUCACUCGUUGGUUGGAUGAUAUUGGAUUACCGCAGUACAAGGAUAAUUUCUAUGAUGGCAGAGUGGACGGACUGAUGCUGCACUAUCUAACUGUGGAGGAUUUACUGUUCCUGCGAGUGACCAAUGAACUUCAUCACAUCAGCAUCAAACGGGGGAUUCAAGUGCUACACGCCCACGGAUUUAAUCCCCAGUGCCUUCGAAGACGACCCUCUCCUGAUGAGGGCCAGUUGCAAAAUAUCCCAGCUGAUGUUUCAUUGUGGACAAACCACCGAGUGAUGGAGUGGUUACGCACCAUUGACUUGUCAGAAUAUGCUCCUAACCUCAGAGGCAGCGGUGUUCAUGGAGCAUUAAUUGUCUUGGAACCCAGGUUCAAUGCAGAAUUGUUUGCCCAGAUUUUAUCAAUCCCUCAGAAUAAGACUCUCUUACGGCGACAUCUGAGUACUCACGUUGUGGCUCUCAUCGGCAACGAAACACAGCACAAGAAGCGGGAAGCCGAGUCCUCGCCUGGUUAUGUGCAGCUCUUACCUAGUGCUAAAGUCAAGAGUAAGAAGUUUGGAAUAUUUGGUCAUAAAAGGAACAAGUCUGAUGCUGAUCUAGAGGAUUUUAUUUGCCCAGACUUCACAAGACGGCAGAAUGGGGUCCCCCAAUCAAAAGAGAGGGAUGAAAAGGCUGCUAAGGAAAUAGGUGCUUACUCCAAGGAGAUAAAUACUUUGACAGAUAUGCUUGCUCGUGACAAGUUUCUGGACAAUGUCCCAACAUCCAAUGUGUGAGGACAAUGUUUUCUCAACCAGCGUGUGAAAAUACUUCAGACCAUUGUAUAUUCAUAUUAACAGAACGAAACGUGGAUCAAAACCUCCCCUGCCAUUGAAAUCAAUCAUGGAAAUCAUGCAAAUGUAAUUCCUCCCACGAUCCUGUUGCGUGGAUGGAUUUGUUAUUUUGGUUGUGAUGGUAACCGAAUGUGCCUUCCUGGUGGCUGGCCACUAUCAAGUAUCUCGCAGAUUACAAGUUUGCCAAAUGUUUUUUUAUUUUGUAUUCAUAAUUUUACGGUGUUUUACAGAGGUUGUAAAAACAUGAAUGAGUGAAAUUGUAUAAAAAUGCAAUUGUGUAUAAAUGAAAUUAUGUUCAUAGUUUGUAAAUAUGAAAAUAUUUAGUUAGCAUUUGUACAAAGAAGGUUUUAAAAAAUCGUUGGAACUGUAAAAAAAACUUUCAUAAUCACCCUUAAGUUUUUUAUAGUAAUGAAGAGCAUGUGUAUCAUUAUUUUGGUUUCUUUCAUUCAAGUCUGUCAUACAAAAACAAAUGCAACUUCUUCAUACAAGGACCAUUCAUGUUUAUUUUAAAUUUUUAAGACUACAAAUAAAUGAAGUAAUUUUAAUGUGUAUUUUAUUGACUAGGUUUAUAGAAUUUGCAAGUUUUAGUGCUAAUGUUGAAAUGCAUAUACUUUUGUUCUUUUAGCCUUGUAUAGUUGGGUUAUGUUUUCUUAAUUUGGUAAAAGGAAAAUUGUUUCAUAUCUAAACUACCUUUUGUUCAGUCUUGAAUUUGCAGGUAGAAUAUUUCUUUCCAUAAAGUACAUGUAACAAAGUUUCAGUUUUCAUUGAUAGUUCAUUGUAAGUUGUCACUUGACAUUUCGUGAUCUUAAAAAGGACAUCUGGACAUCAGGUCUUGCAGGUUUUGUUGAACAAAAUCAAAAGAUUGCAUGAAACUUCCUUCUCUUGCCAUUGAUGAAGGACAACUUUUCUAAUUCUUAAAGGGAUUGGGUUCACUGUUCCUUUUCUUGUUAUACAGAAUUUUUUUCCAAGGUAAGUUUUCCUUCUGUCAGUAAUAUACAAUGUUUGUAUUGUCAGUACAAACAGCAAAAUUUUGAAUACAAAUUCUUUUUCAUAAAAAUGUCUCUGGUUGACUUAAAACCAUAUUCUUCAAAAAAUUAAAAACAGUUUACUAGUAUAUUGCACAAUCUUGUGAACUUGGUUAAAGACUGAUAAAGAAAGUUUUGAUUUUUUUAUGUUUUGGAUUCUGCAUGUCUUUAGAUGGCAUUGAAAUUUUAAAAAAACCCAGCUCUACCUUAUUUUGGGAGUCAUAUGAUGAAACUUUCAAUCACUACUGCUUAAAUUACUUAUAUACUCCUUUGCACAACAACUUUUGUGAUAAUGCAUGAGUAUUGUUAUUCUUCAACACUGAUGAAUGUCAUAAUUUCAGCUCCCACCAAAUAGAAAACUUUCAAGGAAAGUAUUGCCUUCAUUAGAUUCAGCAAAUUUUUCUUAAUAAGAAUGUAAGUUACCAAACAAUAUAAACAUACUACAAUGUAUUUUAUAAGCAUUUACACAUGCAAUGAAAUCUUUGCUAGAUAUCAUUCAUAAUUUUAGAAAAUGUAAGUGACUUUAAAAAUAUUUAAAGUGAAUUUUGGGUGUCUAAUUCACUCCUUUCAAAUAAAAUAUGGAAAAUUUUCAUUGUCAUUUUCAUCACUUUACACAUUUUAAAAAAAAAGAUUCUUUAUAUUUCUUUUCAUAUACAGAUCUUCUUCAAAAGGUUGGUUGGACUGAGAUCAGAAUUUUUAAGGGCCUUUUUUUGUAACUAUUUAUUACAAAUGCCUAAAUUAUUAUAAAUUCCUAGAAUAACUAAUUUUGGUUUAUUUCUACAUCAGCAUGUUUUUAUGGUGUAUACAUAACUGUAUGUUAUUUUUCAUACAUGUGUAUUUGUAUGAAGGAAUUAUGGUCUACAUUUUAUUCAUUAAACUGCGUUUUAGAUGCAAACCAAUAAAAUCUAUUUUAACCAUAA